AUGGCGGCCAAUUCCGGCACCAAAUACGUCUCUGUGAAUCUAAACAAGUCCUAUGGGCAGCAUUCCACCCCCUUCGGAUCCAACCGAGCGGCGCGGCCAGCCGCAGGAGCUGCUGCGAUUCCCUCGCGGCCUCGGAGUUCGCACAAGGCCGGGCCCAAGCUUUCCGUUCCACCCCCCUUGAACCUCCCUUCGCUGCGGAAGGAGCACGAACGGUUCGAUUCGCUGGGAUCGGGGAGUGGGCCUUCCGGCUCUGGAGGUCCUGGAAGCGGGGCGAGGCCCAGUUCGUCAGGUGUGGGCUGGACCAAGCCCGUCGCGGAAGAUGGGCUGUCGCGGCCUGUCAUCCAAGGCAAACCGGCUGCCACCGCAGCUGCACCUGUUUCGUCAGCUGUUUUGAGAGGAGAGGAUUUUCCCUCUCUGCGGGCUACCUUGGCGCCUGGACCCGGCCCAAGUCAGAAGAUCCAGGAGAGUGGCAAUCAGAAUCAGAGUCUGAAUCAGAAGCAGAAGCAUUCUCUGGGUGAUGAGAAUGUGUUUGUUGAGGAGAAGAAGGAGGGUUCUUUGAUUACUGAUCAUUUGAGUGUUUCUCGCAGUGUGAAUGUGGUUGGCGGUGGCGAUGAUGGUCGUGGUUCGCGUCUGGUGAACCCCAGGUAUGGUGUUGGGAGGAGGCAGGAGGAGUAUUUCCCUGGUCCUCUGCCACUGGUUCGGCUGAACCCACGCUCGGAUUGGGCCGAUGAUGAGCGGGACACGGGUCACGGAUUGAGCAGAGAGGGCAGGGAUCAUGGUUUUUUUCCCAAGGGGGACGCAUUUUGGGAUUUUGAUAUGCCUAGGAUUGGUGGCGUAUUGCCUCAUAAGCAUGACAAGAGGGGACAGUUGAGAGGCAAUGAAGUUGGGAAGGUUUUGUCCAGUGAAGUGGAGAGUUAUGAUAGAAUGGGGCCAGACGGGAAUUCUUGGAGAACUUCGAAUGUGUCAUUUUCUAAAGAUGCUGGAAAUGAAAGAAAUGGUGUUGGUGUGAGGCCUUCAAGUGGGAGUAGGGAUGUGGGGAAGGAUAAUAACAAGUAUGUUCUGUCGCCAUUUAGAGAUGAUGAUUCUGGAAAGAGGGACUUUGGAAGGAGGGAUAGUCAGGGUGGGAAACAGCAGCCUUGGAAUAAUGCUAUGGAGUCUUAUGGUCGUAACCGGGAGCAACUCAACAGGAACAGAGCUGAUUCUGUGCAGAGCUCGUCAUCUUCAUUUUCCAUGGGUGGAAAGGGGCUUCCUGUUAAUGACCCUCUGCUUAAUUUUGGUAGAGAGAAACGAGCAUUACCCAAGAGUGAAAAAGGCUUUUUGGAGGAUUUUGGAGGUUCUGGUUUUGAUGGGAGGGAUUUGUUUUCGGGUUGUCCUGUUGGGGUGGUCAAGAAGAAGAAGGAUGUGCUUAAGCAAACUGAUUUUCAUGAUCCGGUGAGGGAAUCCUUUGAGGCUGAGCUUGAAAGGGUUCAGAGGAUGCAAGAACAGGAGCGGCAGCGUAUCAUUGAGGAGCAAGAAAGGGCAUUGGAGUUGGCUCGUAGAGAAGAGGAGGAAAGAUUAAGGCAGGUUAGAGAGCAGGAAGAGAGGCAGAGGAGAUUGGAAGAAGAAGCUAGAGAGGCAGCAUGGAGAGCAGAGCAAGAAAGGAUUGAAUCUUUGCGGAAGGCUGAAGAGCAGAGGUUAGCUAGGGAAGAAGAGAAACAAAGGAUAUUUUUAGAAGAAGAGAGGAGGAAACAAGCUGCUAAGCAGAAGCUUUUAGAAUUGGAGCAAAAGAUUGCAAGAAGACAGGCUGAGGCGACCAAAAGUGGUGGUAAUGCUCCGGUUGUUGUGGAUGAGAAAAUGACUGUGACAAUGAAUGAAAAAGAAACAUCCAGGGUUACAGAUGUGGGUGAUUGGGAGGAUAGUGAAAGAAUGGUCGACAGGAUAUUAACUUCGGCAUCUUCUGAUUCAUCAAGUGUGAAUAGGCCAUUGGAGAUGGGUUCUAGGUCUCAUUUCUCUAGAGAUUUAUCUUCCACCCUCGUGGAUAGAGGAAAACCCGUUAAUACAUGGAGAAGGGAUGCAUAUGAGAAUUGGAGCAAUACAACAUUUUAUCCACACGACCAGGAGAAUAGUCACAACAGUCCCCGCAGAGAUUUAUCAAUAGGGGGAAAGCCAUUUAUGAGGAAAGAAUAUAAUAGUGGGUCUGGAUUUGUGUCGUCAAGGACUUAUUACAAGGGAGGGAUUUCGGAGCCCCACUUAGACGAAUAUGGUCAUGUGAAACCCCCGCAGAGGUGGAAUCAAUCUGCAGAUGGAGAUCAUCUUAGCAGAAAUACAGAGAUUGAUUCUGAUUUUCAUGAAAACUUUUUUGAAAGAUUUGGUGAUGGAUGGACACAAGGCCGAUCCCGGGGCAAUCCAUUUCCUCCAUUCCCCGAGCGUACUUAUCCAAGUUCUGAAUCUGAUGGACCCUAUGCCUUGGGGAGGUCACGGUAUUCUGUCAGGCAGCCUCGAGUACUUCCUCCUCCUUCAUUAGGUUCUGUUCACAGAACUUACAAGACUGAAAAUGAACACUCCAGCCCUUCUGCUUUCCUAGAAAAUGAUAUGCAUUAUAAUCAGACAACAAGGAGUGAGUCUACUCUGCCAGCUGGUUACGACAAUGGGAAUCGUGCACAACAUGAAGUAGUGGAUGUCAGGCAAGAGACUACUGAGAAUGAGGACCGUAAAGUGGAAACCACUCCAAGGUGUGAUUCUCAGUCUUCACUAUCUGUUUCAAGCCCCCCAAGUUCUCCAACACAUCUCUCUCAUGAUGACUUAGAUGACUCUGGAGAUUCCCCUACCAUAUUGACUUCUGAAGAAAGCAAAAGUUGUCCCCUUCCAGCUCUAGAUAAUGAAUCCAUUGCAACACCUGUUGUUGCUGGAAAUGUUGUUGCUGGAAAUGAGAAUGUAGGUACUCCAUGUGCUGUCUCUAGUGGUGAUGAUGAUGAAUGGACUACUGAGAAUAAUGAGCAAUUCCAAGAACAAGAAGAAUAUGAUGAAGAUGAAGAUUAUCAUGAAGAAGAUGAAGUGCAUGAAGGAGAUGAAAAUGCUCAACUCAACCAGGAUUUUGAAGAUUUGCAUUUACAAGAGAAAGGAUUGCCCCACUUGAUGGAUAACCUAGUAUUAGGAUUUGAUGAGGGUGUCCAGGUUGGGAUGCCCAAUGAAGAGUUUGAAAGGACAUCCAAAGAUGAAGAAACUACAUUUAUGGCUCAACAGGCUGACAUCACUCUAGAAGAAUGUGUAUCUUAUGAUAAUGCACAGGCCGAUGAGAAAGCUCUCCAACCUCUUUCAAAGCAGCUUGCUUCGAGCGUGAGUUGUUAA